AUGGCCAUUGCUAUCCUGGGGCCCACAUUUCCAGACUUGGCAGCAAAUGUGAACAGAAAUGUCAGUCAGAUCUCUUUCAUCUUUGUGGGCCGUUCCUCGGGGUAUUUUGGUGGCUCUUUAAUUGGCGGUUUGCUUGUCGACUGCAUGAAUGCCCAAAUUCUCUUGGGCUUUUCUAUGCUGGCUACAGCCAUGGGCUUGUAUGCCAUCCCGUGGUGUAAGACAGCAAUUUUGCUUACAGCCAUGAUGUCUGUCAUUGGUUUUUCAAUGGGAGUCCUGGAUACAGGUGGCAAUGUUGUGGCUUUGGACACAUGGGGGGCAGAGGCUGGUCCGCAUAUGCAAGCCUUACAUUUCAGUUUUGCCCUGGGUGCUUUUGUGGCUCCCAUCUUGGCCAAGAUGGCGCUGGGCGGCUCUGCUCUGGACCCACAGGACCAUCUGGGUGGCACAGGUGACCAUCAACCUGCUGUGGACUCUCCCGUGUCAUUGGAGAAGCUACAUUUCACCAUGAACGUGAUGUCGUCUUAUACUGUGAUAGGCACUUACGUCUUGCUCGUGGCGUUGUUUUUCUGUCUUUUAUAUUGGAGGAGUUCUGCUCGUGACAGAAGGAAGUUUUCUGCACAGAAAUACAAGAUUGCCAAAUACCACUAUGCCCUCAUAAUUCUCCUCUCUGUAUUCUUUUUCUGGUACGUUGGAGCAGAGGUCACCUACGGGUCUUACAUUUUUACUUAUGCCAAGACCCAUGUGGGCAUGAAGGAGAGCGAAGCGGCAGGGUUGAACUCAGUCUUUUGGGGGUCCUUUGCGGCGUGCAGGGGACUGGCGAUCUGCCUGGCUGCCUGCUCUCAUCCUGGGUCGAUCAUCCUCUUGAGUAUCAUAUUCUCCACUGUGUCAUCCUUGUUCUUGGCCCUGUUCAACACGCACCCGGUCUCUCUGUGGCUUGGCUCUGCGGUGUAUGGAGCAUCAAUGGCUGCCAUCUUCCCCAGUGGUAUAUCCUGGGUUGAGCAGUAUACCACCAUCCAAGGGAAGUCUGCUGCGCUGUUUGUCAUGGGUGCUGCAAUGGGGGAAAUGUGUAUUCCUGCUGUGGUUGGCUUCCUGCAAGGACACUACCCUGCGAUCCCGGUGCUUAUGUAUACUGCGUUGGCAUCCGCAGCCAUGACAGCUGUGCUGUUCCCUGUGCUGUAUAAAUUAGCAACAUCCCCAAGUGAUCCUAAUCGGAAAGGUGCUGGAGAUGGGAACCUCCGAGAAGCAUUGUUGUCCAACUCUCACCUUGAGGAAGAGGAUGAGGAGGACAAGGAGGGCAAGGAAUGGAAUGAGGCAGACUUUGAAGUAAUUGAGAUGAAUGAUACGCGACAGAAUUCGGUCAUCGAAACGACUACGAACAUCCAAGGGGCGUCUGCACUUGCCUCAUCUGCUCAUCCCCCUUCAGGAAAGAUAUGUAAUCCUUCUCCUGUGCUUUCUAUAGGAUCCCCAAGACGAAAGAAUUCAAGUAAAAAUGACUAGAGCUCUCUUCUACAGGAAGGAGUGUAUGCAUAUGUGGCAAUGCAGAGGUGGGAAGCUUGGUAAAGCCCAGUUGAGGUUGCUUUGUUUAAAAGCAUGUCUGAGGAAUGUACCAUAGAGGAAUGAUGUGGCAGAGCUCCCUUGCAUGAACAUCACGGUGGUAGAAAAAUGCCGCAGGGCAGAAUAUUUCCUAACGUUCAUGGUAUCAUUGUUCUGUAGGCAUUUGGGAAGCUGUUAAUGUCCGAAAGUCCUUCUAAUGUUCAGGUGGAAUCCCUUUUCCUGCAAUUUCCACUGCUCUUGAGUGCCAGUUAUCUAUCUAUAUCUAUCUGGAUAACAUUUGUGUUUGGAUGCUGUUGCAUCUUUUAAAAACCACAUUUCAAAGUGUCAUUUGUAUAUUCUUUGAAAAACAAGAGCAUUACUGUUUGUGUAUUUGUUUAAUUUUUCCCAUAUUUUCUGCAUUUUAUAAUCAACAUCUGUUUCCAAUGUGAUUUGCAAGUUUUCUUCUUGAUCAAGAUAGUACUGAAUAGUUAGCAAUCCACAUUCUCUAGGGGUAAAGGUACAGAAGACGCAUGAAAUUGCUAUUUUUUGUACCUGAAAGAAUACCUCUCUGGGAAUUUCUUUGUUGUCCAGCAUAACUUUAUGGUCAACUGUUGGAAUCUGACUAAAGGAUUAUACCAGAGGACCUAGAGGUGCCGAGACAGAAUUCUUAAAGUUAAGUUUGUGAACAAUCAAAUCUGCCAAAGUCAAACUGACAGGUGUGGAAGGCUAUCUGUACUUAUUUAAUUGGAACCUUCCUUAGUAAGAAAAUAAAGAUUAUUAGUCUUCCACUAAGGGUAGUUAUAUAGUAAUAUAAGAUUCCCUUUGCAAUUUUUUUAUUGUGCCAUGUGAUGAAUUUACAAUGUUAUUUGUUUGCUUUAACCUCUCCUUUUGUUAGAAGAGCAAGACUGCUACGUGGCAAUAUUCAAAUGAUAAUGCAAACGUUACGGUGGCAUGCUGCCUUUUGAUAAGAAAUGCUGUAAUCUGGGGUUCAACAAAAAAUUUAUUUGCAUAUUUUGCAAAAUGGAGGAUUUACCAAAUACAUAUUUUGCAUAUAGUUUGUAACAUAAGACCACUGUGGUGCUCAAGAGCGUGUAAUGAUUCCUACAGAGUUGAACAUGUUUGAACUUGGGAGAGACCUUUAUUCAAGCUGGCAAAAGGUGAGGCGUUUAGAUUUCUAUAGGAAAAGAGAAGAAAGAAGGCUGCAGGUGUGAUCUGUAGAAUGUGGAGAAAGAUGAAUGUGGGCCUACCUUGUUCAUAAACUUUAGACUAUUCCCUCUAAAAAUAUCAGGUACGGUAUUGGAAUGUAAAAGGGGAUGUAUGGACUAUCUCUGCACAAAAUUAACAUUUUGCUGUUAAUGCAGUGGAAUUUAUUAAGUGGCCUUAGAUUUUAACGACAAUAUAAUGUGGGUUUGUUUUGUUUAUUUUUUGUUUAUUCAUUGCGAAACACUAGAGACUAACAUUAACCGCUCUAAGUCCCUCAAUGAGGGAGAGAGGGCGGGAUAUAAAACAGAAUAAAUAAAUAAAACAAAUAAAACUUGGAAAUAAAAGGCUAUCAUUACCUAUGCCUGUAGACUAGUAAGUGCAAAGUUUAUUGAUUAGUCCACUGACCGUAUCAACAUUAAAGACAAAAACAGAAACAUACACUAAUAGACAAUAAUCACUAUCCUAAGACUCCCAUAAUAGUGAACUAACAUACAUUCAAACUUGAUUAAGUUAAAAGGUAAUUAAAUUUGUAGACUAGUAAAUUUGAAGUGAAAUUGAGACUACCUCACAGUUGUGUUCUGUGAUAAAGCAUUCUACUUUGAAAGUUGACAAAACAGGAAUGUAAUUUUUAAGAGAAAGAAUUACACCAUAUAACUUAGAACUGGAUGUGUAGGCUAUUAUUCAUUGAUUUAUAUCUGCCAAAUGUAUAUUUGGUUCCUGAUGUCCACAUCAGCUGCAUGCAGUUAAAUCGUUUUUUUCAAUUUUAAUAUUUCUUGCAGGGAUGUAUCUAUUGUUUGGUUCAUGCAAAGAACAGGAGGAUCCAAAGAGAAAGCAUGAAUUUGCUUACAAAGACAAGUUAUCUCCUUUGACAGCCUCUCAUAUGGUAUUUCAAAAUACAUAUUUCAAAACGGACAUUUCAGCAGCUUUUUUAAAAAAAACCAAAACAAAACAGUGGCACACUUUUUUUUAAAAAAAGCUGUUUCGUCUAUGAUCAUUAUACAUUCUCUAUAUAACACAUGACAGGUGGAGCUGCUUUUUCAGAAUUCUAAAUCCAGCAUUCUUUUGGCCAGCAUUUUUGCUUUUUGGUUAUGGCCAAAAUUUGUUAGUAGAGUUUUCAGCAGUUAAAAGCAUGGUAAAGAUGUCAAGAAUUCUGUACUGGAGAUUGUUGGCGUUUGUUAUGUAAAGAGAACUUUGGGGAUUUUAAAAGUCAUUUUAAAGAAAAAAAUGCUGUAGUUAUAAAUGUAAUAUUUUUUUGAAGACUCGUGUCCCUCCUGGUGGUGUGCGGGUAUUUCUGGUGUUUGUUUGUUUGUAUUUAACUAGCAUUAUGAAACAGAUCAUCCCUGGACCUUGACUUGCACAUUUUGGCACUUUGUUUUAACUCUCAAAUGUGAUUGUUUGCCUUAAAUGUUAACUCUGUGAUUUGGGUAUCAUUAGUUUACUUUGUCUUUCUGUACUGCAUCUACGGAGAUAAACGAGUGUUUACAGGGGUGGGGGGAGUGUGAUUUCUUUUCUUGAAUAAAUUAUUUCUUUACGAAA